GUAGAGUCCCUGCUCUAUACUCUGCUUUAUCAACGUGGACUAAUAAAGCAGUGGGUACUAGCCCACUUUUAGAAACAGUGGCCGACUCCAGUGGAUGCUGGUCGGGUGCUCCAACAGGAAAAUGCCCCUAACCUUGGGACUGUGGAGCAUGAAUAACAAAAAUGAAAGCAUAAAACGGCUGGAAAUGUUAGGAUACGUUCAGUGGAUGUUGCAGGUUUCGCAAGCUUCCUCGAGCACUUGGAGAAAACGAAUUGGUGGAAUUUUCCUCUCUGAAUACAGACCUGUGGAGUCUUAAUGGAAACGUACCAGAAGUAAUCAUCAGACAUGGUGCAACCUGUGGGCGUAGUGUCAGUAGGUGGCAGUGAAUGACAUAAAUACGAGACACGAUACGGUAAUUACACAGUAUCACAGGACACCUGUAUGAGAACAACAUGGAAGGACACCACAAAGAGGAGAAAACCAGUGAUGUCCAAAGCCCGGCAGAUCCAGGUCAUCCAGUGAAAUGUUCUCCAGUCAUCAUUGACAAUAUUCCUCUGAAUGGACCCACUGUGAAUGUACUCGCAUCAGAGAACUUCAUUCACCAGUCCAUGUCCAUCAUUGUGGAAAAUGCAAUAAAAAAGGCCACAGACGUCAGAGAAAAGGUUUGUGAGUGGCGCUCUCCCGAGCAGCUGAAAGAGCUGCUGGACCUCGAGCUGAGAGAUGGGGGAGAGUCAGAGUCUGAGAUCCUGCAGCGCUUCAAAGAUGCCAUCAGAUACAGCGUCAAGACUACUCAUCCUCGUUUCUUCAACCAACUGUAUGCUGGGAUGGAGCCCUACUCUAUGGUGGCAAGCUUCAUUAUUGAGGCCCUCAAGCCCAGUCUGUACACAUACGAGGUGGCUCCAGUCUUCACGCUGGUGGAGGAAGCUGUGUUGAAGAAGAUGAUGGAGCUGAUUGGCUGGAAGGAUGGCGGAGAUGGAAUCUUCAAUGCAGGCGGUUCAAUGUCCAACAUAUAUGCUGUGAACUUAGCCAGGUACCGUUGCUGCCCUGACAUAAAGGAGAACGGCCUCUCUGCAGCUCCACGCUUGGUCAUGUUCACGUCACAGGAGUGUCAUUACUCCAUUUCCAAAGCAGCAGCUUUGCUGGGGAUUGGCACAAAGAAUGUUUACGCGAUACCAUCUGAUGAGAGAGGGAAGAUGAUUCCUUCUGCUCUGGAGGAGCAAAUACUGUCUGCCAAAAGUGAGGGUGCAGUUCCCUUCAUGGUAAACGCCACCGCAGGAACCACAGUGCUCGGAGCGUUUGAUCCCAUCGAUGUAAUUGCCGACAUCUGUGAGAAGCACAACCUGUGGCUGCAUGUGGAUGCAUGUUGGGGAGGAGCAGCUCUGGUGUCCAGCAAGCAUAAACACCUGUUAAAGGGCAUCCACAGAGCCGACUCUGUUGCCUGGAACCCUCAUAAGAUGCUGAUGGCAUGUCUGCAGUGCUCGGCUUUCAUGGUCAGAGACAAAACGAGUCUCCUGCAGCGCUGCCACUCUGCACGGGCCUCUUAUCUCUUCCAGCAGGACAAGUUCUACGAUGUCAGCUACGACACGGGGGACAAGUCGGUGCAGUGUAGCAGGAAGCCAGAUGCUUUCAAAAUCUGGCUCAUGUGGAAGGCUUUGGGAAGCAAAGAGCUGGAGCAGAGGGUGGACAGAGCCCUCGCCAUGGCAAGAUAUCUGGCAGAAGAGAUCAAGAAAAGAGAAGGAUUCCGUCUGCUGAUGGAACCUGAAUAUGCAAAUAUUUGCUUCUGGUACAUUCCACCCAGCUUGCAAACCCUUCCAGAUGGCCCUGAGCUCUGGGAAAAGCUCCACAAAGUGGCACCUGUGAUCAAAGAGCGCAUGAUGAAGAAGGGCAGCAUGAUGGUGGGCUACCAGCCACACGGAGAAAAGGCCAACUUCUUCAGGAUGAUCAUCAUCAGUCCUCAGGUCAGCAGGCAGGACAUGGACUUUGUCCUGGAUGAGAUCAACAAUCUGGGAAAGGACUUGUGAUGACUCUCCAGCUUUGCACAUCAGGGGCAGGCUUGUUGAGAACAGGGCCGGUUUUACCACCACCAUUAUGGAGCCCCCUCCACCUUUCAGUUUUCACUUCCUUUUGUUGUUUACAAUAAAUUUAUUUAAUCUAUUUAAAUGUAAGUAAGGCAGGGAAGUGAUAUAACGACAGGGGCAGAGAUGUAUGUUUGUUUGCCUGCUACCUGAUUUCCUCUUGAUUAAUUUUUAUGCCACAGUUUUUAUAUGUGAGAGUGACAUGCUGUUUUUCUUUUUAUUAAAGUCCCAAAACUGAUUUCACUCAUCAAUUUGUGAAUGGCUC